AUGGUUGGGGAAUUGAAGCAUCGAGCAGUGCUCAAGAAGAAGUCGAACUAUUGCGAGUGCAAGAAGAAUUGCAGGAGGUCAAGGAAGCAGUUAGCUGAUGCAAGGCAGCACCGCAGUGAGCGCGAGUCAGCUGAGGUUCAACACCAUAUUCACGAGAAGGAACGAAUCGAAGGCGAGUUGAGUGCAGUAAAGAAAGAACUUGACACAAUGCGACAGCUUCUGAAAGAAAAGGACGCAUUGUUAGCGGCUGGUGAUAAGCCGGACGAAGAAUGGGGCUGGGACGAUACGCAGCCCCAAGCCUCAGCCUCAGCAGAGAUCUCUACGCUACGGGAAAAGCUUUCGGAAAUGGAAACAAUCGAGCGUGAACAUCAGGAGACGAUACGAAAACAAGAAGCCAAAAUUACUGCUUUGGAGGAAGAGCUGAGCACUGCUGACACGUGCCGAGAAGAACUAGAGGAUGCUACUCAACAGGUCAACGAGCUGCAAAGGGAACUGAGAGAGAUGAAGAAGCAAGCCCAGAUGCACAGUGAAGAGCAGCAACGUCUGAUGAGCAGAAUCUCUGAGUUAGAGGCGAAAAGCGACAACGCUUGGGGUGAUGAGUGGGAUAACACCACCAGCAAGACUGACGAGGAUAAGCAGGCGUUGGAGCAGUCAAGAUCCGAGGCUUACCAAAAAAUCGCUGAAUUGGAGUGA